AGGCGUAGGAGACCUUGAGCACUUUGAGCUACGAUGUAGUGGAGUCUGGAGCCCCUCUGGAAAUUUUGCAAUAUGAAGAAUGGAAGCAGACGAUGUUACUAUCAGGGAGCAGAAUUUCCACAGUCAAGUCCGAGAGUACAUUAUAUGCUUCCUCCUGUUUGCGGUACUUUACAUUGUCUCCUACGUCAUCAUCACCCGAUACAGAAGGAAGACGGUACCAAGACCGACCGGCGGGAGGCAGCAUGACACCGUCGUAAAACACAAAGAAAUGUGUGCAAAAUGCAAAUGCUCUCGUUUUCUAGAUGACCACGAGGACGAAGAUGCUGUUGUCAACAGAAUAUCAUUGUACUUGUGCACGUUCACGCUGGCCGUGUCGGGCGGCGCCGUCUUCCUGCUGCCCUUCUCCAUCAUCAGCAACGAGAUCUUGCUGUCCUUUCCCAAGAACUACUACAUCCAGUGGCUUAACGGCUCCCUCAUCCACGGUCUGUGGAAUCUGGUGUCGCUCUUUUCCAACCUUUGCCUCUUUGUCCUGAUGCCCUUCGCCUAUUUCUUCCUGGAGUCGGAGGGCUUUGCUGGAUCUAAAAAGGGUAUUAGGGCGCGCAUUUUGGAGACCUUUGUGAUGCUCUUCUUGCUGGCCCUGCUCAUCUUGGGCAUGGUGUGGGUGGCGUCGGCGCUGAUCGACAACGACGCGGCCAGUAUGGAGUCGCUCUAUGACCUGUGGGAAUUCUACUUACCCUACCUGUACUCGUGUAUUUCACUGAUGGGAGGGCUGCUUUUACUCAUGUGCACUCCGGUGGGAUUGUCCAGGAUGUUCGCCGUCAUGGGCCAGUUACUUGUCAAGCCGACGAUCCUGGAGGACCUGGAUGAGCAGAUUUACUGCAUCCAUUUGCAAGAGGAAGCCCUUCAAAGGAGAUUAAACGGGUCGUACAUCCGACUGGGCUUCACUCAUCAACUCACUAAAGAACUGGACAGCAUCAGAAACAUGAAGAAUAAACUGGAGAGAAGAAAGCAAGCGUCUGGUUGGGAGAAAAACUUGCUGUAUCCUAUUGUCAUGCUGAUCCUUCUGGCAGGAACGACAAUCGCAGUUCUUCUGGUGGCGCUGAACAUCCUCUACCUUCUGGUGGACGAGACGGCCAUGCCCAAGGGUUCCACGGACCGAGGAGGUAUCGGGAACACCUCUCUGUCCACUUUUGGUGCGGUCCAGGCCGUGUUGGAGAUCAUCCUCAUGUUUUAUUUGAUGGCUUCCUCUGUGGUCGGCUUCUACAGCCUGCGCCUGUUUGAGGGCCUGACGCCCAGGAAGGAUGAUACAACCAUGACAACGAUUAUCGGAUGCUGCGUGUCCAUCCUGGUGCUGAGUUCAGCUCUGCCGGUGAUGUCCAGGACUUUAGGCAUCACCAGGUUCGAUCUGCUGGGAGAUUUCGGGAGGUUCAACUGGUUGGGGAACUUCUACAUCGUCCUGUCGUACAACAUGCUGUUUGCCGUGGUGACCACGCUGUGUCUGGUGAGGAAGUUCACCUCGGCCGUGCGAGAGGAACUCCUCAAGGCCUUAGGUUUGGAUAAAUUGCAACUGUCGCACAGCCCCACGGACCCGGAAUCGGGGAAGCUUUCGGCCAACGGCCAUCAGAAGACUCUGUGAAAGGAUUGACGGGGGGAAGGGAAGGGAAGGAAGGGAAAGGGAUCGGCGGCAGGCGGGCAACUCCAUGAACCCGAGUGCCAUCAAAUGAAAGCGUAGAGCCCUCCCCUAACUACUUUAUGGUAGUUGGGACGCAGCCCAGAAGAGGCUGAGGAGUGAGAUGGAGAAGACCUCCCCCCCCCCCCCCCCCCUCCUCUCUUUGCCCAGGUUUCCACCAAGUGGUCAAGUUUAGAUCAGGUGGAUCCUAAUGCUGCACUGUCUGGGCCAAUGAAGCGGCUCCCAAAAAAUGAGCUGGCUGGCUCCCAAAAAAGGAGCUGGCUGGCUGGCUGGCUGGCCGGCUGGCUCCAAUAUUUUGUAAAGCUGAACAACAAAAGCAGGAGGUGGCAGCCAGGCUUUGAUAGCUAAAAAUCACCACGCCGAGCGUUACUAUUCCCUUUGUGCUCGCAAAAGGAAAAAAAAACAGUCCGCAUCGAGCGCAUCAGCAAAGCUUUCCAUAGGAAACAAAAAAGGAUAGAUUCAAAAUGGUAUCAAAUGGAAAAUUGAGCCAGAUGAUGUCAUUGGAUAGAACUUUUUAGGUGCUCUACAUUUUGGACUAUUUUGCCCCCCACACCCACACACACACACACACACACAACUGCCCUCUCUAAAAAGGCCACUGUCUGUUUCUGUAUUGACUUGUAUAUAGUAUGUUGAAUAGCUCUUUUUGCAUGAUUCGGAAGUAAAGGUGGUGGGCACAUUGCGCACCACGCAAUGUGUACAUAUUGCCUCCAAGCAAGCCAAUGCACAAAAACGGCGUGCAGCUUGGACUGGCGUCAAUGGGUCACCCUCGCUCGGUCCGCGGAAGCACCGCAAAUGCCUUAAAUGAGGAGCCCGCCGGCCGUCUCUUGGGGCUCAGCGUUAAAGGUGGCGUCUUUUCUUUUUCUCGCUCUUCGACAUUUCCACUGUGAUCCUAGCCAGGUUAGUCUGAAGCCAGCGACGUACGACGCGCACUACCUCCCUCCCUCCCUUUUCUUUUCGCCGUCAAUGUUGUCAUAGAAACGGUCGCCAGCCGGCAGGCCUGUAAAAGCCGCUGACCCAUUACGGUGUCAUAUACUAAGGAUGUGUUGUCAUGACGACUCGCGAUGUCAAAAAAGGAAGUUGUGUGUGUGUGCGUGCGCGCAUAGUGUAUUGCAAUUUGUUUGAGGCAGGGACUACUUUGUUAAAUAUGCAGCUCAAAUUGGAUGUGAAAUGCAAAAGAGGACCAAAGAUCUGCUUUUUGAAAGACUUUUGCCAGCCCUUUGGAAAGUACAAAUGAUCAGAUGCAAAGGGGACGAGGAGGGUUACGUGUUUUGUGAAUGUCUUUUUUUGAAAAGAGUUUCUCACUCAGCUAUGUGUGUUUAUUUGUUGUGUUUGCAAAUAAAAGUUGAAGCAUA